AUGCCUUCGUACUCUGCUGCACGUUACCUUGAGGAUUUCGAAGCGAGCUCGAGCCAUGCAUCAUCCUCCAAGUUAAUGCUAGACGAUGUCUGCCAACAACAACUGACAUGGAGCAACCCUCCUUACGAACAGGAGGAGCUGAGCGAGGAAGACCCGUGGUUCGAUUACGAAGCAUGGGACGCAGGGAGCGAGCCCCGAUACGAGCAAGGCCGCCUGCCCGACCUGGAGCACUCAUCUCCGCUGGCUGCUGCAGGCCAGGAUGUGGCUGCAAUGAUAUCCUGCGCUACUGGACUUCCGUCGCCGCCUCUCACAGUCCAGAGCUCCCCUUUCUCGCUGCCUCCCGUGCGAGAAAGUCCUCCGCGCACAGCAGGACAGCUGGACGCUAGUCCACUAACAUUCGACGUGCGCGGACCUCCUUCUCCUCCUCUCUCGUCGCUGGAUGCCGGGACUCCUCGCUCCGGGAAUGCUGUACCGUUAGAGUCACCCGCGUCCUCUGCAGCUCAGGACUCUCGUCAUGCUUCCUCGAGCCGACAUGCUCAAGACAUGCUUCCACAGCUAUCGCCCGGGUCGGCGGGGCGGUGGCUGCCGGACGUGGCCCCGCUUCUGUUUACGUCGGGGCCGUCGCUCGUGAUCCCCUACGACCGCGCCGCAUACGAGACCUCCCUGCAAGUCCCUAACGCGCUCCCCGCCGUCCUUCCUUCACCGUUCACCAUUCCUGUCGCUGGCGAGGCAUCCUUGACCGUGCUCAGCUGGCCAGCGGCAACAGAGCCCCAGAUGGGGGGAAAACGCAAGCGGGACGCUUCAGACGUCGGCGCUUCCUCGUCGGCGCAACGGCGCUCUCGGGGACCGCGGGCCCCGCAAACCACCUCUCAAGCGCGACACACCCAUGGUCAGCGGGAGGUCAUGACCUGCAAGUGCGGCGAAAAGGGCACCUCGCAGGAGCUGUGGGACCAUGUCCGGGAGAAGCAUGGCAUAGAACCCUUGCCCGUGCCUGCGCCCCGGGAAUUUCGAUGCGGGUGGAUGGACUGUGAGUACCGCGCGCCGAACAAGGAUAUGGCCGCGCACUGGAACAUUGCGCACAAAGGACACCCCGCUGACUACGUCUGGGCCAUCGAGGAAGGCAAGGCGGUCAGGUUCCAUUGCAGAGUGUGCCCAGACGGGCAGACGAGUACAGUGGCGAACGGGGAGCUAGUUCGUCACUUGAAGACGGUCCACUGGUCGUUGAAGAAGUGGUGCGACAACUGCGGGAAAUGGUGCCGGGCUGACGUUUUCGAUACGGCGAAGCGGGACCAUCGGAGGGACUGUCUCAAGGAGUUGAUGAAUAGUGCCAAAUUUGCGCCGAGCGUUGACUCGGAGCCGUGUCCUCUUCCCACCCUCGAAUGA